GUUCGCAAUUCGAUGAGAAAGUGAGAUUAGGCGGGGCUAGAAGCACUACAACGAACAAAAGCGAACGGAUAAUUCCAUUUGAAGUCCCGAAAACCUGCAAAUCUCUAUUCUCUUCUCCCUCCAAAAACCCUAAUUUCUUUAGUCUCUAAUAAUCCCUAGAAUUCAGAGCUUCAAUGGUGUCCAUUUCUCUGUGAACUGGAGCUUCUUGUGAACACAAAGCCAUGAAUUUUCCAGCAACUUUUCGCGGGAAUUUCAAUCCCUUCUCGCACUGCAGUUCUUGCUGUGAUCUUCGCUUUCAGCCCUUCCUUUCUUCUCCGAUUGUCUGGCGCCAGAAACGAUGUCGUAUCAGCAAUUUGCAGGUGCACCAGGUUUCAAGGUUAGGUUCUCGAAGGAGGCCAAGGAUUGUUUGCGGUGUGACUGAGACAGAAACGGAACCGGAAAACAAUAACGAUGAGGAAAAAGCACAUGAAAAUGGAGGAAUGCCACCUUCCAUUGAUUCAACUGUGCAAAAUGACCCACAGCUCGAUUCUCAGCCUCUAGUGGCUGAUCAAGACAAAGACCAGUUUGUACAUAAUGCGAUGCUUAAUGGGGACAACAUGGUAAAUAGUGAUAAUCAGGAAACUGAGGCCCAAGGCAAUGUCCAGGAUUCUGAGAAUUUAGAAGUUGCAAGUGGAUCACCUCUUCCAGGUGUGAAGCCACAGGUACUGGAUGAAUCAAUCCGGAUUCCUAAGGAGACAAUUGAUAUUCUCAAGGAUCAAGUGUUUGGGUUUGACACUUUUUUUGUGACAAAUCAGGAGCCAUAUGAGGGUGGAGUAUUGUUUAAGGGAAACCUCAGAGGGAAGGCUGCUAAAAGUUAUGAAAAGAUAACAAUAAGGAUGCAGGACAGAUUUGGAGAUAAAUAUAAACUUUUUCUUCUUAUCAAUCCAGAGGAUGAUAAACCAGUGGCAGUUGUGGUUCCUAGAAAUACCUUACAACCAGAGACAACUGCUGUUCCAGAAUGGUUUGCAGCAGGGGCUUUUGGAUUAGUAACAGUGUUUACCUUAUUUCUCCGGAAUGUGCCAGCAUUACAGUCAAAUUUAUUAUCAGUGUUUGACAAUCUAAAUUUGUUAAUGGAUGGCCUCCCUGGAGCCCUUGUAACUGCACUUGUUUUGGGUACACAUGAGAUCAGCCACAUUUUAGUUGCAAGAAGCACUGGGAUUAAGCUUGGAGUGCCAUACUUCGUUCCUAGUUGGCAGAUAGGCUCUUUUGGUGCUAUCACAAGGAUUUUAAAUAUUGUUCCCAACCGUGAGGAUCUUCUGAAGGUUGCAGCAGCAGGACCUAUAGCUGGCUUCUCCUUGGGACUUGUUCUUUUGCUUCUAGGAUUCCUUUUACCACCCAGUGAUGGUAUUGGUGUUGUUGUUGAUGCUUCUGUGUUUCACGAGUCACUUCUUGCUGGGGGUAUUGCAAAGCUUCUUCUUGGAGAUGUUCUCAAGGAAGGGACUCCCAUAUCUGUUAAUCCACUUCUAAUAUGGGCAUGGGCUGGGCUUCUCAUCAAUGCCAUCAACAGCAUCCCUGCUGGGGAACUAGAUGGGGGCAGAAUUUCUUUUGCCAUAUGGGGAAGAAAGGCUUCAGCUCGCUUCACAGCUGCCUCAAUUGCACUUCUAGGACUAUCCUCACUGUUCAAUGAUGUGGCAUUUUAUUGGGUGGUGCUGAUAUUUUUCUUACAAAGAGGGCCAAUUGCUCCACUCUCUGAGGAAAUUACUGAUCCUGAGGACAAGUAUGUUGCCCUUGGAGUUGUAGUUUUACUCUUGGGACUUUUGGUAUGCUUACCCUACCCCUUCCCUUUCACAAAUGAAGUCACCGUAAGUUUCUAGCUCUAUGUUCCUAGUACAGUUCAUUGUAUAGUAUCUCAUAGGGAUAUCGGAGACUCCAGGCUACCAAUAUGCGUCAAAGAAAAUUGUUAAAAUUUGAUUGGCUUAUGAAGUGGCUGACAGGUAGUCCAUGUCAUAUGGAUAAUUUUUGUGGGUUGUAAUAAAAUCAAUGAACGCCUGUCAUAUA